AUGUGUAUCGAGCUUCCGGAAGACAAGGUCUCUAAAUUACUAGGUUUUAUUACAAAGAUGACAAAGAAAACGCACUGUAAAAUCAGAGAUUUUGCGCAGCUACUGGGGAGCCUGGUUGCUACACUACCAGCAAUAAAGUACGGUCUAUUAUACACGAGGCUAUUGGAAAGGCAAAAGUUAUUAGCAUUACUAGAAAACGACCUGAAUUAUAACGGUACCAUGCGUAUAACUCUGAACACCGUAAGAGAAUUAAACUGGUGGAAAUCAGCUUUACGAAAAGCUAGUAAGUCUAUCCUGCCGGAAAAAUUUGAUAAAACAGUUUUUACCGACGCGUCAAACACAGGCUGGGGAGCCACAAACGGAUUGAGAGACGUUUAUGGAUUUUGGGAAGCCAAGCGAACCGAUUUGUCGAUAAAUUUUCGAGUGGAUAACACGACGGCUAUAUCCUAUGUAAAUAAAAUGGGAGGCGUCUCCUAUGAACAAUAUAAUUUAUUAGCACGCGAAAUCUGGCAAUGGGCGGAGAGCAGAAACAUUCGGCUUUUUGCUUCGUAUAUCCCGUCAUCAGAAAAUACCAGAGCCGAUAACCUAUCACGCAUGCCAAAUGUAGACACAGAGUGGAAUCUAAGUGCAGAAGCCUUUAGGCUGAUCGUAGCUAGACUAGGGUGCCCAGAAGUAGAUCUGUUCGCCAGCGAUACCAAUGCGAAAUGCAAAAAAUUUUUAGCUUGGAAGCCUUGCCCAGGAGCUUACGGUAUUGAUGCAUUCACGGUCGAUUGGAACAAAAUAAAGUUCUAUGCAUUCCCGCCGUUUUGCUUAAUCCUAAAGACUUUAAACAAGGUCAAAUAUGAUAAAGCAACGGGAAUAAUAGUAGUGCCGGACUGGCCUAGCCAGGUCGGAGUACCACCCCUGGGCCCGCCACCUCCGAUUGAUAGCGGCCGUUAUAUCAGGAGAUCCUUCAAAAAGAAAGGAGCUCCGGACGAGGCACUAGACACGUUGGUCGCGUCCUUAGCGCCAUGUACCUUAAAACAAUACGGCAGUUCGUUCAAGCUGUUGGACCAAUUUUGGAAGAAAAGAGGUGUUGACCCCUUUAACUCUUCCAAAGCGGAUGUUCUAGUCUUUUUAGCUGAAGAGCUCAUCAAAGGAGCAAUGUUUGGUACACUAAACGCCCACAGAAGUGCAAUCUCGCUGAUCUCACAGGAUAAGAUAGAGGAUGAUCCACUAAUCAAGCGAUUCAUGAAAGGUGCGUACCGCACAAAAUCAGUCAAACCCAAGUAUGACUCAAUUUGGGAUGUCUCAGUCGUCCUACAAUACUUGAAGCGGCUGCAUCCUCUAGACAAUCUUGAUCUGACUGAUUUAACCGAAAAAACGGUCACCUUGCUAGCUCUAAGCACAGGGCAAAGAGCCCAGUCCAUAGCUUGUAUAAAGUUAAGCAAUAUUUCCACGUAUCCGGAAGGAAUUGUGAUAAAAGUACCUGACAGGCUAAAGACCUCCAAACCAGGGAGACACCAGCCGUUGUUAAGAUUACCGAUGUUCACGGAGAAUUCGAGUAUAUGCACAGCAUCCGCGCUGACAAAAUACGUGGAGGUGACGGAAAAGAUAAGGGCGCAAAAUUCGGACUACGUAUUUGUAGCUGUUAGGAAGCCCCACGACCCGGUGGGCACUCAGACAAUCAGUAGAUGGAUCAAGUCCACGCUGAGCAAAGGUGAUGCCUGCGAUAUGGGCACACAAGUUCGCACUACCGUAAUAAAGAAGCUUGCAUAA